UGGUUUGCAUGUCAGUGUUUCAGUUGCAAAAAUGUAAAAAUCUUCAUUUUUUUACGAAAAAGAUUAAGUAAAAUGCGAACUAACAAGCAAAACAGACGCAUUUCUUCCCGURCUGUGGCUAAUGAUGAACAAAAUGAUUCAAAAAUAACGGAAAAAGACGUGAAUAAAAAACACAGUUUGUCCUCUGAUUCAAACAAGAAGUCUUCAAGACUUCAAGAAAGGAAGAAAAGAGAAGACGACAGUGAAUCUGAUCUCACURGCGAAGAAGAUGAAGAAGAAGUAGUAGUAGACAUAAACAAGCCAGGAAAAGAUACCCAAACUAGAAAACAGCCAGUUAAAAAACCGCAAACAAGCAUACAGAAAAGUACUGGUAGUUCUCCAAGACCCAUUCGCACAGACAAGGACAAGGCAAAGAAMCUGGAAAAUUUGAGAAACAAGACAUCCAAAAAGCAAACCUCUAUGUUUUGGCAAAUUUUAGGCUAUAGCGUUGCCCUCAUUGCUAUUGUUUUAGGAGUUAUUUUAGCUCCUGUUAUCAUAUCAGAAGAGCUAAAGGACCUCAUACCUGGGUAUGUUAGAUUUCUAAUUGAAGGCUAUGGUGAAGAUUCUAGGUUUAACUAUAGUAAGAUAUUUGAUAACAAACUAAAAGAGCUCAAGACACAAUUUCCUAACCAAACGUCACGAUUUUGGAAAAUUUUGAAGACUCGAGGGCUGGCACAUUUGAAUGACAAACAACCUAAACAGCCAUUGGUUAUAUUGAUGGGUGCUCCACCCUCCGCCCAUGGUGUUAUUGACUGUAUAGCAUGGAGCCUUGCCAAGACACUUGAUCCUGGAAAUGAUAAUUUAGGAUACAUUGAUGGCAAAAAAUUUACAACUUAUGGUGGUCAUGAAGCAAAGAAAAUCAUGGAUGAAAAACUUGAAAGGCUUUUUCAAAAAGGUGAUCGUUCAGCACUAAUUCUCCACCUAGAGCUUCUACCGCCCCCAUCUCCUAUUCUGUUUUAUUCAUACUGUGAUAACGACAAUGCAAAAUUCAAGCAUGCUGGAAUAAUAUUCACAGUUCAUUUGCCAGAAGAGCCAAAUAUGUCUCUGCUGCCAGCAGAACAAGAGGGCACUGUUGAGAAAUACUUGUCUGAUAUUGCAUGGAGUAAAUAUCCCUACGAUCAUGAUGCUGUUGCAGCUCUCUUAAGUCGCAUUGCAGACACUGUCGCUCUUGUGAGUGGAGAAACAGAUGAAGUCAUCAAAUCAUACUGUCCAGUACACGUCUCUUAAAUCUGAAAACUUUUAAUUAUCAAUGUGUCUAGAUCAAUAAARCCAAUUAGCAUAGGUAAUCGUAUGGGGCCAAGUAUGUAAAAUUAAGGAUAAAUUUCGUGUCACUGUUUCCAAAGUUUUAUUAAUUGCUCGAGUCACAAAGUGGCAAAAUUCAAUGACAAAAUUCCUUGCCCAAUCAUUUUUUUAGUAAUUAGGCCCCAAAUUAAGGAAAAAUAUAUAUAACUAAGAUAUUGUGUGAAGUAGUUGCAAGUAGUCAAUAGUUGCAAGUCCACCAGACAAAAAUUUAAAAAGUAUCAAAUGAUUACCUUCAAUUGACGGCAGCAAAAAACCAAUAUCACAAGCCGUUGAAAUGUCUGAGUUUGCUGAAUAUUGAGGAUUAUAGUAGAUUGGUAUUUUUAUCAGUUCUUGGCCAGGUUGUAUGAAGGGUUGGAUAGCACUUUCCGACUGAUUAAUUCAAGUGGGUAAGUCAAACUGUUAUCCAAUAAAUUGAUCCACUGGAUAAUAUUAUCAUGGCUCGUGCUAUAYUCCUUGAARUCCUUGAAAAGCCCUGGAAUUCAAAACCCAUUUUUAAGUGCACUUGAAAAGCCCUUGAAAAUAKCAAWGUUGCWRGAUACUCCUGGAAUACUCCUUGAAAAUGCAAGGGUUACUUAUUUAUCAUGAUCAUCUACUGUAACCUAAUUUUUGUUGAAAACCAAUUUAUUACUUACGUGAAUAAGGUUGUUAACUCAUAAGCUAUUUUCCAUUAUUUUACGUCGAUGACAUGGAGCCUGAAAAUAACGUAUGSUUCCUAUGCAUUGUUAAGAAGAAAUUCACAAACAAAAUAUUGAUUCUUGAUAAUCCUCAUUUUGGACCUUGAAAAGUCCUUAAAAAAGACUUGAAUUUUGUGUCAGAGACGUAGCAUGAACCCUGUAUUAUUUAUCCAUUGGAUUGACCUUUCCACCCUUCGUACAACCUGGCCCUGCUCUACCAUUAUAUCCAUGUAUUUUAGAUUCCCUUAGGUCAGACUAACAUUUCAAAAAAUUUGUUACCUGGGCAUGGUUGUACGAAGUCUGGAUAACGCUAUCCCGUGUUUUCCAAUAAAUUURUCACUGGAUAAGAUUUAUCUGUCGGAUAGAGCUAUCCAGGCUUUGUAAAACCGGGCCCUGGUGUAGAGUUGGUGAGGGACUAGAACAAGAAGGAAAAAAGRAUGAAAGGGGAGAGAAGGAUGAUUAUCAUGACAGUUACCAUGUCAUGUGACCCAGACAGACUGRACUCAAAAACACCAUAUUUGGUGCAUUUUGAAAUGAAACGUGACAAUUCAUUGGUAUAUUUAGUUUAAAGAAAGGUCUAUACACCUUUCUCAUAAAUAGCCGCCAAAUGCAGAUGGGACCAAGGACAAUUGCAUGGAAGUGAGGUCAGAAAGACCUAUAGUAAAACAAAAUCUAUUCACUACGAUCUUUUGUGCCAAAGUCAUUCACUCUUACUUCAAGAGAUGCUUAAAAGAACUAGAAUUGGUGAGAUGAAUGACUGACAUAAGAGAUCGUACUGAGUCCCAACCGCAUUUGGCGGCCAUUUAUAAGAAAAAGGUCUGUAUUUUGAUUGAAUAUUUGAAACUAAUAAACAGUCUAUAGGUUA